CGGAAGUUGUAGCCCGGCCGUGCUGACACCGGCGCUGCGGACCGAGCGGGCGGCCGCCACCGCGACCAUGGGCGGGAAGAACAAGCAGCGGACCAAAGGAAACCUGAGGCCUUCAAACAGUGGCCGGGCUGCAGAGCUCCUUGCCAAGGAAAGGGGUACAGUGCCUGGAUUCAUUGGCUUUGGAACAUCUCACAGUGACCUUGGCUAUGUGCCUGCUGUUCAAGGAGCAGAGGAAAUAGACAGUCUUGUGGAUUCUGAUUUCCGGAUGGUUCUGAGGAAGCUUUCCAAGAAAGAUGUCACCACAAAGUUAAAAGCUAUGCAAGAAUUUGGAGUUAUGUGUACAGAUAGAGACACAGAAAUUGUAAAAGGAGUCCUUCCAUAUUGGCCAAGAAUUUUCUGCAAAAUUUCACUGGAUCAUGAUCGUCGGGUUCGAGAAGCUACGCAGCAAGCUUUUGAAAAACUUAUCGUUAAAGUAAAGAAACACUUGGCUCCCUAUUUAAAAAGUUUAAUGGGGUAUUGGCUAAUGGCUCAGUGUGAUACAUAUGGCCCUGCAGCGCUUGCAGCAAAGGAGGCAUUUGAAGCUGCUUUUCCUCCAAGCAAGCAGCCCGAAGCCAUAGCAUUUUGUAAGGAUGAAAUUACAAACGUACUGCAGGAUCAUCUUUUAAAGGAAACACCAGAUACACUCAGUGAUCCACAAACAGUUCCAGGAGAAGAGAGAGAAGCUAAGUUUCACCGAGUUGUAACUUGCUCCUUGUUGGCACUAAAGAAGCUGAUUUGCCUCUUACCUGACAAUGAGCUCGAUUCUCUGGAGGAGAAGUUCAAGUCUCUUUUAUCACAGAAUAAGUUUUGGAAGUAUGGGAAACACAAUGUACCUCAGAUCCGCUCUGCAUAUUUUGAGCUGGUUUCUGCUUUGUGCCAACACAUCCCACAGUUGAUGAAAGAGGAGGCUUCCAAAGUGAGCCCGUCUGUUCUACUUAGCAUUGAUGACAGUGACCCUAUUGUCUGCCCGGCUCUCUGGGAAGCUGUACUCUAUACACUCACAACUAUUGAGGACUGUUGGCUUCAUGUAAAUGCCAAAAAGAGUGUCUUUCCCAAGCUGACAGCUGUGGUUCGUGAAGGUGGUCGAGGCCUAGCUACUGUCAUAUAUCCUUAUCUUCUGCCAUUUAUCAGCAAACUCCCUCAGUCCAUCAUGGAUUCAAAGUUGGAUUUCUUUAAAAGUUUUCUCACCUCUUUAGUUGCAGGGCUGUCAACAGAGAGAAACAAAACCAGCUUUUCAGAGUCCUCAGCCAUAAUAUCUGCCUUUUUUGAAUGCUUACGUUUUAUAAUGCAACAGAACUUAGGAGAAGAAGAGAUUGUAAAGAUGCUUGUCAAUGAUCAGUUGAUUCCUUUUGUUGACACAAUUCUCAACGAUCCAGGAUUACAACAUGGACCACUGUUUAUCCAUCUAGCAGAAACACUAAGUUCUUGGGAAGCCAAAGCAGACAUAGAGGACGACAGUAAAACUGCUAACAACUUAGAGAAUGUGCUGCUAAGUUUCUGGGAAAAACUGUCAGAGCUCUGUAUGGAGAAAAUCAAUAAGCCCGAAGCUGACGAGAAGUCCAUCCUGAGUGUUUCUAACCUAUUGCAGGUCCUUCAGAAGCCAAAAUGCUCAUUGAAGGCAAAUUCCAAAAAAAGGGGAAAGGUUCGAUUUGCUGACGAGUCACCUGAAGUAAAUAAAGAGAAUGAAAAACAUGCAUCUUCAGAAGAAGAGAACAGGGAAGGCACUGAACUACUGACUGAGUCUGCCCUCGUUCCGAACUCUUCAGGCCUUGUGUCCCCUUUAAGGAAAAAGCCUCUGGAAGACUUGGUCUGUAAACUUGCUGAGAUGAGUAUCAAGUACAUCAACGAACACAAGUCGGAGCAGCACCUGCAGUUUCUGUCCACUCUGCUUGAUGCCUUCUCUUCAGACCAAGUCUUCAAGAUGCUCCUCAGGGAUGGAGAGGAAAGUACUGUCAAAGCCGUGCCCCUGGAAAUAACCAAACUGGCACAGAAGUAUCCUGCAGUGCAGUUCUUGUAUCACAAAUUAAUUGGCUGGCUAAAUGAAAGUCAAAAGAAGAACUCUGGUUUUCUUGUGGACAUUUUGUACAGCGCACUCCGUUGCUGUGACAUCGAUACGGAAAGAAAAGAUAUCCUAGAUGACCUAACCAAGGAGGACCUGAAAUGGAGUUCUCUUCUUCAGGUUAUUGAAAAGGCAUGUUCUAGUUCAGAUAAACAUGCUUUAGUCACUCCUUGGCUAAAAGGAGAAAUGCUUGGAGAGAAAUUGGUUGCUUUGGCAGACUGUCUUCGUAAUAAGCACUUGGAAUCUGCAGUUUCUUCAGAAUCGUACAUCUCAGAAGGAUGGACUCUCUUAAGUUUGGCAUUAUCACAACAUGGUAAAAAUGAUUACUUGAUUGGAGAAGUGUAUGUUGAAAGAAUUAUUGUUAAACUUCAUGAAAUUUUAUCCAAGACAAAGGAACUGUCAGAAGCUGAAAAUAGUGACUCACCAGUGUCUUUUGUGUGUGAUGUGGCCAAUAAUUACUUCAGCUCAACCAAAGGAUGCUUGCUAGUCCCAUCCUCUGAAGAUUUAUUGUUAACUCUCUUUCAAUUAUGUGCUCAGAGCAAAGAGAAAACACACUUGCCAGAUUUUCUGAUCUGUAAACUGAGAAGUACUUGGAUCUCUGGUGUAAACUCCCUGGUCCAUCAAACCAGCAAUAUGCAUAAACAGAGCACAUUCCUGUGCUGGUCAGCUCAGUGGCUGAAGAACCGAGUUCAGUCUUUGCCUUUGGAUAAUGCAAGUCUCCAGGUCCUCUUGUCUGCUGCUACUGAUUUGCUGGAUGCUCUGGGAGAGACUGAAGACACUUCUCUUCUGCGAGAUUUUGUUGGAAGUGUGAUGCCCAGUGAUAGUGAGUGGGAAAAGAUGAGACAGUCUCUUCCUGUUCAGUGGCUGCACAGACCUCUUUUAGAAGGAAGAUUAAGUUUAAAUUAUGAAUGCUUCAAAACUGAUUUUAAGGAACAAGAUGAAAACACACUUCCCAGUCAUUUGUGCACCUCAGCAUUAUUGAGCAAAAUGAUACUGGUUGCACUGAAAAAGCAAAUAGUCCUAGAAAAUAAUGUGCUGGAGAAAAUAAGUGCAGAACUGCUCUAUUCACUGCAGUGGUGUGAAGAACUUGACAAUCCACCCAGCUUUCUACCUGGGUUUUGUGAAAUGCUUCAAAAAAUGAAUAUUACAUAUGACAGCUUAUCUGAACUUGGUAGUACUUUUAACCUUUUGCAGCUGUUAUUUAACAGAUCCAGGGAAAAUGGAACACUUUGGUCUCUUGUUAUUGCUAAAUUGAUCCUUUCCCGAAGCAUUUCAUCUGAUGAAAUAAAAGCACAUUAUAAAAGAAAAGAAAGUUUCUUUCCACUAACAGAAGGUAAUUUACAUACCAUUCAAAGUCUCUGCCCAUUUUUGUCCCAAGAAGAAAAGAAAGAAUUUUGUGCUCAGUGUAUACCUGCUCUUUUGGGCUGGACUAAAGAAGACCUUUGCAGGACUGACGGUGCCUUUGGACAUCUUGCUAUUUUUAAUUCUUGUCUUCAAACCAGAAGCAUAGAUGAUGGAGAGCUAUUACAUGGUAUAUUGAAAAUUAUAAUAACCUGGAAGAAAGAGCAUGAAGAUAUUUUUCUUUUCAGUUGUAAUUUAUCAGAAGCAAGUCCAGAAGUACUUGGUGUAAAUAUAGAAAUAAUCCGAUUCCUUUCCCUAUUUUUGAAACACUGCUCAUCUCCUUUGGCAGAGAGUGAAUGGGACUUCAUCAUGUGUUCCAUGUUGGCCUGGUUGGAGACAGCAAAUGAGAAUCAGGCCUUGUAUCCUGUUCCACUCAUACAGCUGUUGGCCUGUGUCAGCUUUGAUUUGGCCUGUGAUAUCAGUGCCUUCUUUGAUUCAGCCACUCCGGAUACCAUCGCCAAUCUUCCUGUAAAUCUAAUCAGUGAAUGGAAAGAUUUUUUUUCCCAAGGCAUCCACAGUUUGCUCUUACCUAUUUUGGUUACUGCUACAAGAAAAAACAAAGAUAUGUCUGAAACAUCCUUCCAGAAUGCAGUACUGAAGCCUAUGUGUGAAACCUUAACGUACAUCUCAAAGGAUCAGUUACUGAGCCACAAGCUUCCGAAAAGAUUGGUUCCUGGCCAGUACACGAACUUGCCAGAUCAUCUGCAAACUUUGCUGAACACCUUGACCCCACUGCUCCUCUACAGAGCGAGGCCUGUGCAAAUUGCUGUUUACCACAUGCUCUACAAACUGAUGGCUGAGCUGCCCCAGUAUGAUCAGGAUAAUCUGAAGUCCUACGGAGAUGAAGAAGAGGAGCCAGCCUUGUCACCCCCGGCAGCCCUGAUGUCUCUUCUUAGCACUCAAGAGGACUUACUGGAGAACAUCUUGGGAUGCAUUCCUGUUGGACAGAUAGUUACUGUUAAGCCACUGAGUGAGGAUUUCUGCUAUGUCCUGGGGUACCUCCUCACUUGGAGAUUGAUACUUACCUUCUUCAAAGCUGCUUCCUCACAGCUUCGGGCUCUGUAUUCAAUGUACCUUCGGAAAACUAAGAGCUUAAACAAAUUACUCUAUCACCUAUUCAGACUCAUGCCAGAAAACCCAGUCUGUGGAGACAUACCUACCGAGGUCUCAAAUAAGGACCCUAAAACAUUCUUUACUGAGGAGCUUCAGCUGAGUAUUAGAGAAACAUCAACUCUUCCAUACCAUAUUCCACACUUGGCAUGUUCAGUCUAUCAUAUGACAUUAAAAGACCUGCCCGCUAUGGUUAGAUUGUGGUGGAAUAGCAGUGAGAAGCGUGUGUUCAAUAUUGUAGACAGAUUUACAAGCAAGUAUGUCAGCAAUGUUCUUUCUUUUCAAGAAAUAUCUUCUGUGCAAACAAGUACACAGUUAUUUAAUGGCAUGACGGUUAAAGCUCGAGCUACUACUCGAGAAGUGAUGGCUACUUACACUAUUGAGGAUAUCGUCAUUGAACUUAUAAUACAGUUGCCUUCUAAUUACCCUUUGGGCUCAAUAACAGUGGAAAGUGGAAAGAGAGUUGGAGUGGCUGUUCAGCAGUGGCGAAACUGGAUGCUGCAGUUAAGCACUUACCUCACUCAUCAGAAUGGAAGUAUUAUGGAAGGCCUAGCACUGUGGAAAAACAAUGUAGACAAACGUUUUGAGGGUGUUGAAGAUUGCAUGAUCUGCUUCUCAGUCAUUCAUGGUUUCAACUAUUCUCUUCCCAAAAAAGCCUGUAGAACAUGCAAGAAAAAGUUCCAUUCAGCCUGCUUGUAUAAAUGGUUUACAUCUAGCAACAAGUCCACUUGCCCACUCUGUCGUGAGACCUUCUUCUGAAAUGGUUUUCAUUGAAUUGAUCCCUAAAGUGAGCAGAUUCAUUGGAUUGGGAUCCAUCCUACAGUGCUGAUGUGAGAAAGUCAGUAAGCACUACACUUUUAAAUAGACCACUGCAGGAAAAUCAUUCUUGAUUAAUGUUAAUGACCUACAAUCAGGUUUAUCUUAAUCUUAAAUUGCUUUAUAAAUGUUUGGAAACUUCUUUUACAAGAGAAUAUUACAUAUUUGAGAGAAAGUGUUUAUAUUAAUGGUUUAAUCUGUUUGUAUCUUUAAAAAAAUAUAUAUAUAUAAUGUUGUGAACAAUACCUUAGGUUAUAGAAUUGAAAUUUAUGAAAGAAUUGUACAACUAUGUUAUAACUUACAAACCCACCCAGUGUGUUUGUGUUCUCAAACAGCUGUAAGGCAGAAUGAACUGAGCUGAGUUAUAUCUACAGAUAGCUUAAGACUUACUAGUUUUAACAGCAGAAUUAGUAGAAUUCUGAUUCUUUGAGAUCAUUUUAAUGAUAAAAAUGACACUAAGUGAUUAAUAUGGCUUAUCUUAAGCUAUUUGAAGCAUGCUCUGAAAUCCUAUAUAAAAGAAUGUAAGCUGAACUUUAAGGUGCCUCUUAAUCAAGGAUUCUAAAAUUCCGAAGAUUAAAUUCAUGAUACUCACCUUUUGCUUAUGGAAAAAUUUCCAUAUGUUGGUGAAAUAACUUAUUACUCAGUUUGAGUGUAAUAAACCUCCAAAGGGUGGGAAUUUGAAAGCAAUGAUUUAUUUGUGAAACAAAAUAGUUAUCCCUCUAUUGAGAGGAGCAAAUAAUACUAAAAAUUAAAGAUUAGUGGUACAAACAAUGUCUAAGAAUGCUGUAGGAGGCUUUAAAUUUGUAAGGCAAAGUUUGAUAUUCUUACUAGCCAUAGUUAUACCAAAUAAAGGACUUGGGGGAUCUAAUUAUUUUGAGCCUUCAGAAAUGAAAGUUAAAAGAUUAUAGUGCUAAGUAAAAUUAGGUCUAACAGAGUGAAGUGUCUAGUCAAGAGAAAAACUGCCUUUUACCACGAACUGUUACUCUUAAAUAGUGUCCAAAGUAUAAGAAAUUUAGAAGUUUAUUACAGUCUUCCAUUUCAUAUCUAAUAGUUAAGCCUUUUAAGAGAUUAGUCAGUCAUUUGUGUUGCAAAUGUUUAUUUGACAAAUGGCAACUCAUGUGAAAUAAAGUUACUGCCUACCACCAACUGGGUAACGUGAUUCUUACUUGAAAUAGUGUGACUGUGGUCGGAGGAUCAUAGACUAGGUGAAAUGCUGUGUGAGGUAUGGGUCUCUUGAGUUGCAUUUGAAGAUGCAGUUUUGUCUCCUAUAUUUUUCUGUGUAAUAUUUAUUACCUUACAGCCUUGAGGCUCAGAGACAGGAAGGGAAAUACGUAAACAAAGUCCUACUACCUCUUCUUAACCCCUUUCUGGAAAUAUUCUCUGUCUGUCUGUCUCUGACAUGGUAAUCCCUAAGGGUUGUUUCAUGCCCUUGUGAUAGUUACAUGCUUCCCCUUUAAAAAUGGUUUUAUAGUAAAACUUUGUUUAUAGCCUUACAGUAUUAGUUCUUCUUGGCUCCUGACCCAAAGCCAAAGUAGGAUAGACAAUGGAAUAAUAGAGCAUUGGUGUGUUUUUUUUUUGUUUUUUUUUUUACAGAAGCAUUAAGACAUCAGAUUGUUGGUGAAAUACUAGCUACAAUGAAAUAACCACUCUUCACACUUAGGACUUGUAUUGUUGUAAACCUGUUACUGUUUAUAUGCUAAAGAAAAAGCUUUUCAGAAUAAGACUGAAAUUGAGAGUACUGUAUUAAAGUUUUAUUUAUGCAGCUUUGACAACUCUAACAGAAAUGAUAGCAACCCUUAAAAUGUUAGUAUAAAGAUAUCUUUAAACUGCAUGAGAUUAAAAGCCCACAACAAAGUUAUUUAGAACCUCAAAAUAAAUUUAAAAUUUUUUAAGUUUUUAUUUAUUCCAUGCUCUAAGUCUAAUGUAUGUAUAUGCAGUCUUGUGGUUUAAUAAAAUGUUAUUUAUACAUUUU